GUCGUUCGGACCAUCAUUUACAGUGAUCCCCACUUUGCUAACAAGGUGAAUCCUAUAAAUGCUGAAUCGUGUGAAUCUCAGAAGUUAUGUAUCAACGUACUUCAUCUCGAAUAGCAUAUUAUUUUCACUUAAACCAAAAAAAAAAAAACUUUACGUGUUAAGCGUACAUAAUGAGGAGACUAACAUGGAUAACUAUCUUGAUAACAAUUCCGGCACUUUGUUAUACACAUGAAAGAAGUAAAAGAGCUAUCGAAAAUGAUUCAAGAAACCAAAAAUCCUUUGAUGGUUACAAUUACCCAACACCAGGCAAGCCUUUCAAACUACCAACUGUAGAACAAUCUACAAGGCCACCAACAGCAGUACCAUUUACAACAAAAUCUCGCCCUUUAUCGUCUUCAUCACCUUUGUCACCUACAUCAUCUCCACGUUUGCCUUCAUUUCCAGAGAAAACAAUUACUCCAGCUACAUUUCCACAAACAAAUCCCACAAAUGGAAAAAAUUUAAUACCAAAUUCUGGCAAUGGAUAUGUUUAUACAACUCCAAAACAACGUUUUACAUUCCCAAGUUCAACUUCUAAUCCAAUUAAUAGAAUUCCAACUCAAACAAAAACAAUACCAAGUCCAUCCACUAAAUCACCUUUUCCUUCUGUUCCUUCACGUUCACCUAUACCAACCACAAAACAACCAUACUCUCCGAAUCGAUUUACUUCACCUACACCAUUCGUUCAAGUUUCAAAAUCUACAAAACCAUCCACAGUUCCAAGUGAAAAACCUAAAUUCCCUCAAGAUGGAUAUGUCUACACUACUCCAAAGACACCUUUCUCAAUAACUUCUUCACCUUCUACCUUCAGAAACACUCCAAAAUUACCUGCAAUUACAACUCAACGACAAUUACCUACAAUAACAACUCCACGACCUUUAACUAAAACACCUCGUCCUAUAUCUCCAUCAACAUUUAUUUCUCCAUCUCAAGUCACUAAACCAAGCUAUGUUCCAUCAUUUCCACAAUCGACUUUAAAACCCGUAACAUUUCCUCAAACAAAACCACCUUACAUUCCGCCUGCAUUACCUACAACUAGAAAACCACAAUCACCUCGUGUACCAACACAAUCUACAUAUACGUUACCACCCAAAAAAUUAACCACCCAAUUCCCAAAAUCAACGCCUAAGGUUAAUACACCAUCUCCACAAACACCAUUUACUAAUAGAUAUUCACCAUCAAUAAGUACGAAACCUCCUGGUUAUUUACCACCUAAACCUUCACAGACAAUCACACCUUCUAUUCCAUCAAUUCAAACAUCGCCAUCUAGUCCACGAUAUCCUUCUCAACCGAGUAGGCCAACAAAUACACCUUUUGUUCCAUCAUUUGGAACUUCACCACAAACUCCAAGAAUUCCUUCUCAACCAGGUAGUAGACCAACUAGGCCAACACAAACAAACACACCUUUCGUUCCAUCUUUUGGAACUUCACCACAAACCCCAAGAAUUCCUACUCAACCAUCUAAACCUACGCAAACAUACACGCCAUCGAUUCAGAUAUCAACAUCAUCUCCAAGAUUACCUUCCCAACCAGGCAGUAGACCACCUCCGUAUUUACCACCUUCUUCUCCAAGACCAAAUUAUCCUACUGUAACACCUCCACCCUAUCCAACGGCUUUAUAUAGUAUAACACCUAGUACGUCCACUUCUCCUCCUCCAACAGGUUUUCCUGCGGCACCGCCAACUAUACCACCAAGCACUUACAGACCAAAUGUUGGAUAUAAUUAUCAAAUUCCAGAUCUCCCAUUUGAAUUCCGUAGACGUUAAUUACAAAAUUAUUAUAAAAUAUUCAAAUAGAAGUGUGUUUAAAAACAUGUUAUUUUUGGUCUCCGUAGUAUAACUGAAUUUUUAAAAAAUACAAUUUUAAUACAAUUGUUGCUAUUAGCAAUAUCAGUACAAAAUACCAAAUGCUUUUCAUUAUUAUACCAGUGUAACGGCUGAAAAAUAAGGUGUUUUUGGGGAAUUUUUUUUAAAGAAACAUUUUCUAUCGAAUGUUUUGAAACUUUAAAAAUAUAUUUUACUACAAAUCAAGAAUAGAUUUUUUUCAAGCAUAAAUAGCUACAUGGUAGAGACCAUGAAGUAGUAUAAGAAGCACUCACUACUAUUGUUAAGCAUAUAGGCCCCUUACAUGAGAAUAAAUCCGAAAUUACAUAUCUCCGAUUAUGACGCCUGUAGCUGAAAAGCAGUGUACUUAGAAGUUUUCAAAAUAUGGCCGCACCUAGUGACAGCUGUUCUCAUAUAUAGUAAACAGUGUAAAGUGAUAUAUAAUAAUUUUAGAAAAAGUGUACAAAUUUUUAAUCUCAAUAAAACUAUUUGACUUGACUUGUAAAGAAAGAAAAAAGUUACACACAAAAAUUUUAAAUAAAACAUAAAUUAUUUGAAAAUAUA